AUACCCUUUCCUCUCUGCUUGUGCCGGACAUAGUUGUUUUUUUUCAGUUCGUUCCUUCUUCCCCGCCUUCUUCUUUUAGGAACCAAACAGAGAGCUCAAGAGAGAGAGAGAGAGUCGGUGAAACAAUAAUGGAGAGCGAGCCGACUCGAGUGAUGGUGGCGGUGAAUGAAUCGACUCUCAGAGGCUAUCCACACGCGUCGAUAAGCAGCAAAAAGGCAUUCGAGUGGACACUGAAGAAGAUCGUUCGGUCCAAUACCUCUGGUUUCAAGCUUCUCUUGCUCCACGUUCAAGUUCAAGACGAAGACGGUUUUGAUGACAUGGACAGUAUAUAUGCUUCCCCUGAUGAUUUCAGGGGAAUGAGGGAGCGUAACAAGGCUAAAGGACUUCACCUUCUUGAGUUUUUCGUUAAAAAAUGUCAUGAGAUUGGGGUUGCGUGCGAGGCCUGGAUCCGGAAAGGUGAUCCCACUGAAGUAAUAUGCCACGAAGUCAGGCGAGUCCGGCCAGAUUUUCUGGUUGUGGGAAGUCGUGGUCUCGGCCCAUUCCAAAAGGUAUUUGUUGGAACUGUGAGUGAAUUUUGUGUGAAGCAUGCAGAAUGCCCAGUCAUCACAAUCAAACGCAGUGCUGAAGAAUCUCCACAAGAUCCAGCUGAUGACUAAAUUCCUAAAGCAACACAAAACCAUGCGUGCGAUUUCAUGUCUGCUGAAUCCCGUAAGCUUUUGAGAGACAAAUAAAUGGGUGUGUUGCAGUACAGAGGAAGAAAAAGGUUACAGAACUCUUUUGAUUGAUCUAGUAAGUGCGUCUGUAAUAGAUAUUCGAUGAUACACACACACAGCAUCAUAGAUAAUCGUGUGUAGUCUCCAUUCUCGAAAACAUGAAAACAAAAGUUCCUUUAUUCGUUGUGUAACAUUAGACUCUUCAAUGUCUUUGAUAUAUCGCUAUCCAAUGUCGGAUCUGUUACAUAAUAUCCAUAUUAGAUUCAGUUUUGAAA